AGCGGAAGACCGAAUGGCAGGGGGCGGGGCCGAGGCGCAGGCAGGCUCAGCGGAGUCGGAUUCCUGAAGCAGCAAAAACCCCGGCGCCCGAGCUAGGCCAAGCAGAGCAGCGCUGCAAAGCCGAGGCCGCGCGGACUUGUCAGAGACCCACCGCUGCCUGCGCCUUUGCUGCUGCAGUCAUCUCUCUUAUCCCUUGCCUACCUUUCGUGUCGCCUCCUCAAUCACCGUUUUGCAGCUGCAGCACCAUCGAUAACAGCUAAGUGGUCAAUUCUGGGACUCAGGGUUGGGAGUUGGGGCGGGUGCAAAGCGUAGGCAGUACAAACUAGCCCGCCAUCUCCUGCGGCUACCGCCACUGCUGCAGACACUUCUCCUGGGCGGGAAAGAACCCUGUCAAAAGGCCCACGCUGUCCCAGUGCCCACGGUCAGAGAAUUUGUGUCAAGCCUUGGUGAGAGCCUUGCGCUUGGGGAAGGGAAGACGGACACGGAGAUCACGAAAAAAGAUCUCAUAUUGGAUAGUGUUGACUUUUUGUCAGCUUAAUUGAGCAAGUGGCAGCUUUGCUUGAGCCUCCUUAAACCCUGAGCCAUGUCACCCCCAACUGUGCCCCCGAUGGGUGUCGAUGGCGUCUCUGCAUACUUGAUGAAGAAAAGGCACACCCACAGGAAGCAGAGGCGCAAGCCCACUUUCCUCACGCGUAGGAACAUCGUGGGCUGCCGCAUUCAACACGGCUGGAAGGAAGGCAAUGAGCCCGUGGAGCAGUGGAAGGGUACAGUGCUCGAGCAGGUUUCCGUGAAGCCCACUCUCUACAUCAUCAAAUAUGAUGGCAAAGAUAGUGUGUAUGGACUAGAGCUGCACCGAGAUAAAAGAGUUUUAGCGCUAGAAAUCCUUCCCGAAAGAGUGCCAACUCCUCGCAUUGAUUCGCGUCUGGCAGAUUCCCUGAUUGGCAAAGCAGUGGGGCAUGUAUUUGAGGGUGAACACGGUACGAAAGAUGAAUGGAAGGGCAUGGUCCUGGCGCGAGCCCCUGUGAUGGACACUUGGUUUUACAUCACUUAUGAGAAAGAUCCUGUCCUUUAUAUGUACACACUGCUGGAUGACUACAAAGAUGGUGACCUGCGCAUCAUUCCAGAUUCCAACUACUAUUUUCCUACAGCAGAACGGGAGCCUGGAGAAGUGGUCGACAGUCUUGUGGGCAAGCAAGUAGAACACGCCAAAGAUGACGGGUCCAAGAGAACCGGCAUUUUUAUCCAUCAAGUGGUGGCCAAGCCAUCCGUCUACUUCAUUAAGUUUGAUGAUGAUAUUCAUAUUUAUGUCUAUGGCUUGGUAAAAACCCCCUAAAUUCAUUGUGCCCUUUGCAAAAGUCGUGGAACUAUUCGAUGUAAAAUAUGUCAUGUUCUUGUAAUUGUGAAUUUUUGAGAACAAUGUUGGUGUCAGAGAUUCAGGAAUUUAUUAGUUGUUACUUAUUGUGCCUCCAAAUUUUACAUGGACUAGUCCCACGGUUUUGUCCCAAGCGUAUGUUGGUACUUUUGAUAAUUGCCUUGUUCUGUAAUUGAAGAUUAAAUUUGGGGGUUAAUAGAAAAUCGAAAAGUAUUCAUGACCAUUGGAACAAUGAAAAACUAAGAAAAAUUAUUGGUGUAACCCCACUCCAGAUUCUUUCCCCUACUUUAUCUCCCCUCUUCUUCCCAUGUAACAUGUAUUAAGAACAUGAUAUAUAAUCUUCCACGUUUUCCUCAUCCACUUACAGAAAGUUUGUUGCAGUCUCUUCUGUAAAAAUGAAAAGCCACAUCAUUUCUCUGUAAUUGCUUUUCACAUUUGGAAUAUCCAUGGUAUCUUUUCUAAUCAUUAGUUGCAAGUUUCUCUCUCUCCUUCCCUCUCCCCUUUCCCUCCUCUCCUCUCCCAGACCCCCUAUGCCUCUGGAAUUUAUUUUUGUAAAUGGUAUAAUAUAGAGGUCUAAUUACACAUUUUGUUCAUAUCACGUACUGAUUAUGCCAUCACAUUUGUUAAAUAAAUCACCCAUUUCUCUUCUCUCUCUCCUUCCCUCUAGCAGCUGCAUAUACAAUAUAUUUAUAAACCAAAAAGGAAUUCAACCAUUCUAUUAUUGAUGGUCACUUAAAUUAUUUCCUUCCCUUUUUUCAUCAUAACACUGCUGCUAUAAAUACUGGUGCUUUUAUUUCUUUUGGGUAGAUCCCCAGAAAUGGGAUUGCUAGGUAGGAGGUAUAUUUAAUUUUAAAGGAUAUUACAAAAUGACAGUGCUCAUUUCCCAGUAUCCUCUCCAGCACUCUUUCAAGUUUGCAAAUCUGGAGGGUGAAAAAUUACAUAAUAUUUUUAAUUGACAUUCAAGGAGGUUUGUUUGACUAUUUGGAUUUUUCGUUUUUGUGAUUUGCCAGUACUUAUCCUUUGCUCAUUUGUUUAUUGAAGUUUUGUUCUUAUAAAUUUGUAGGAGUUCUUACUACAUUUCUCUAGGGUACAUAUUAAUCAUUUGUAGCACAUUUGUAUUUUUCACAUUCUGUCAUUGAUCUUAACUGUAUUGAUGGUAUCUUUUACUUUACAAUUGUUGCUGUCAUUUUUAAUUUUUAGGUAGACUACUACCUACUUUUUGGCUUUUGAGUUUACUGUCUUUUUCAGAUAAAUGUCAUGCAAAUAUUCACCUACAUUUUUUUUCUAAAAUUUUCAUUAAUUUUAAGGCUUUAACUCCAUCUGGAGUUUAUUUUGUAUAUGGUAUAAGAUGAAGGUUCAGAUAUACAUUUUGUUCACAUUGGAUUCCUGAUCAUUUAUUAAAUAAACCACCCAUUUUCAAGUUUGUGAGUCAGUAUUCUAAUCAUUUAACUCUAGUGGCUUGACCAUAAAUUUUGAACUCUGGUAAAGCAUGAGGUAUUUUGUUUUGUUUUCCAUUUCUUCUUUUAUAUAAAUUGUUCUAGCCAUUCAUUCUUUCUAUAAAAAUUGAAAGCAUUCUUUCCACAUUUUAAAAAUCCUAAUAUCCUAGAAUUGUGUUACAUUUCUACAUUUCUAUUUGUUUUUUCCUACAUUUCUAUUUAGAGGACAAUUUUAAUGAUAUUAACCCUCAAGGCUCCAGAGUUGUGGUACAUCAUUAAAAUCUUUUGGUUUUGGUUUUGUUAUGUUCUUCAUAAGGAUCCAUUAUAUCUGAUUAAAUUUAUUUCUAAAUAUUUUUACAGAUUUUGUCACAUUUUGACAUUUUGAAUUGGAUGUUUUUUCCUCCUCAUUUGUAACUUUUUAUUUUUAACAAUAUAGA